ACUUCCGGCAGUGGCAGUGGCUGCGGCUGAAAGCCGAGGCGAGGCCGGGCCCGGACCCUGCGGUGUGGGGGUUGUCAUCGGCCUGUCCUCACGGGCUGCCUCCAGGGACAGGGGACGCCUCCAGACGUGCCGGGAGCCGCGCGAAUCGCGGCCCCGCCCCAGACUUCCCGCGGUACUGCGAACAAGCCACGGUUGCAGGUUGUCCAGAAAAUUUGGCUUGGCUGGCCAAGAUUGCUCCUGGCUGGAAACAAUGAAGCAUCAUUUUGCAUGAAGCUUGUACAGGACUGAGAUCAUGGCAUCUUCAACAAACUUAGAUGUCGGGGCCCAGUUAAUUGUGGAAGAAUGUACCACCAGCUACAGCCUUCCACCCAUGCCAGACAUUAAAGUGGAGCAUCAGCUUGACACCAGCACAGAGGAGGGCCCGGCUCAGAGUGUCACCAUGGGGAUGAAAUUCAUUUUGCCCAAUAGAUUUGAUAUGAAUGUCUGCUCACGAUUUGUGAAGUCUUUGAAUGAGGAGGACAGUAAAAAUAUUCAAGAUCAAGUCAACUCUGACCUUGAAGUCGCAUCUGUCUUAUUUAAAGCUGAAUGCAACAGCCACACUUCUCCUUCCCCUGGUAUCCAAGUAAGACAUGUUUAUACUCCGUCAACUACUAAGCAUUUCUCACCAAUUAAACAAUCAACUACACUAACUAACAAACACAGGGGAAAUGAAGUUUCUACAACACCUCUACUUGUAAACUCUUUAUCUGUUCAUCAGCUGGCUGCUCAGGGAGAAAUGUUAUAUCUGGCCACACGUAUUGAACAAGAAAAUUUAAUCAAUCAUAAGGAUGAAGAAGGAUUUACCCCUCUGAUGUGGGCUGCAGCUCAUGGGCAGAUAGCAGUAGUGGAAUUUCUCCUCCAGAAUGGUGCAGAUCCUCAGAUUCUGGGCAAGGGGCGAGAAAGUGCCCUCUCACUGGCCUGCAGUAAAGGAUACACUGAUAUUGUCAAAAUGCUGCUUGACUGUGGAGUUGAUGUCAAUGAGUAUGACUGGAAUGGAGGCACACCCUUGCUAUAUGCAGUACAUGGGAACCAUGUGAAAUGUGUUAAAAUUCUUCUUGAAAAUGGUGCUGAUCCAACCAUUGAAACAGAUGCUGGCUAUAAUUCCAUGGAUUUGGCUGUAGCCUUGGGCUAUCGGAGUGUUCAGCAGGUUAUUGAGUCUCAUUUAUUAAAGCUACUUCAAAAUAUCAAGGAAUAGUGAUUGGCUCUUCUGCAGGUGCCACAUCUUGGCUUGGAGAUUUGAACUGUUUAGCUCUAAUCAGUGACAAGAGUUGGUUGUUUUGUAACUUUACCUCAGUGCAACUAUUUCCUGGCUUUAGUUAAGCUUUUUAGUGUUCUUCCUCUUCUUUCACUGUUGUUAAUACAAAUGUGCAAUGUCAUCCUUUUCUUAAAUAUAUUUUAUAUAAUUUUAGAAGAGUCAGUUGUCAUGCAUGAAAUUAUUUGUAAAUAAGCCCAGUUUUGACCAUCUAA